GUUACAUUUCCAUCUCCCUUUACUAUGGUUUGCCCCCGAUGAUCUGGUACUUCCCGCUUCAGGUUUUGGAAAUCACUGGCUAUGAAGUCUUCGCUGCUGCUUAUGUCACACCUUUAAUAUUAAACAUCUCGGCAGUGUGGAAAUUGGCUAAUAACAAGUAUGUCCUUGCCCUUCUCAGGCUGAUCACUCUCGCGAGCAUUGCUUCGUACCAAGCCUCUCACACUGUCACCCGUCUCUUAACUUUGGCUCUUGGUGUAUGUGCGGCUCUACUUGUUCAAAGUGUCACGUGGUGGUCAGCAAACAGCCAGCAAAGGCUCUGCAGAGUUUGGGGUUUCAUUCUGGGUCAUAUUCUACAACUUGUUAUAAGGAUCUGGAGCAUCUCCCUGAACCCAGUGUGGGCCAACAACAUGUUCAACUCUGUAAUACUGGCUCUGGGUGCCAUUGUGACUUUGGAGAGAAUACGCUUAG